CCACUCAUCACACAUAGUCCUGGACCAAGAGAGACAUCGCACCACACACUGACAUGGCCAGUAAGAAGGCUGCUAAUAAGAGACAGAGAGGAGCCCAGAAGAGCUGCUCCAAUGUCUUCUCCAUGUUCGAACAGUCCCAGAUACAGGAGUUUAAGGAGGCUUUCGGCUGUAUUGACCAAGACAGAGAUGGUGUCAUCAAAAAACAGGAUCUGAGGGAAACCUAUGGACAGCUAGGAAAGUUGAACGUAAAGGAUGAGGAGCUGGAUGAGAUGUUGAACGAGGGGAAGGGUCCCAUCAACUUCACCGUUUUCCUCUCUUUGUUUGGGGAGAAACUCAAUGGCACAGACCCCGAGGACACCAUCCUCGCUGCCUUCAAGCUCUUUGACCCAAACGGCACAGGCUUCGUCAACAAGGAUGAGUUUAGACGAUUACUGAUGAACCAGGCUGAUAAAUUCACAGCAGAUGAGGUGGAUCAGGCCUUCUCUGUGGCUCCAAUUGACGUGGCCGGCAACAUCGACUACAAGUCACUGUGUUACAUCAUCACGCACGGAGACGAGAAGGAGGAGUCCUAAAGACCUUCUGACACCUGAUAGGGCAGUCCUGGAAUCUCCUCUGUGCUCGUCUUUUGCCAAUACAUUAAAGAAAAUGUAAAAAAUCAA